AUGGAGCAGCUGCCGCCUUCCCCUUUAUGGACUAGCCCGCCAAGCUCCAGAAACGGUGCGACUCGACUGCGAUCUCUCCAAUAUUGGGACGGAGUUGACCACGACGCCGUUGCUACUGCGCGCUGCUCUAUCUUCUCGUGCCGUGAUGCCAGUAGCCAUUAUUCCUUUUCCCAACGUAGUAAACGAGCGUUAGUACACGUCGCGAAUCUCCGUUCAAGCCACAUUGCCCGAACCCCACGCGCGAACAUGGCCACCAAGAAGGAUAUGCGGAGACCGGAGCUCGCUGUUCCAUAUGUCGAACCGCCUGCGAAAGCGUCAGAUGCUUCUGAUAUAAGCAGCACGAUGUCGAACACGAUGCCCAUGGCUGCUAUGUUUUCGAGAAAUAAGUACGCUUCAAUGACCGCACCCUCCUCCUACCUACCCCCUGCUCUCUGCGCCGCCGUCUCCCCAAUUAAUAUCUCCGGUACACCUUUUGCUAACGAAAAGCUCACUGCGCGCAUUAGGAUGAUUGCCUGGGCUGCCGUCACCUUCUCUCUGCAAAACUGGAUGGCGGAAACCCCGGAGCAGCAGAAGAAGUCCGCAACACCAGCAUACAUGGGUGUGAUUAUGGCUUUCCUCUCUGUCAUUGUCACGUACAUGCCCAUGUUUCUCCCUACCCCCGGCAAUCCUGCACCAAAAGCAGCAGCUCCCCCUCCGAUGCCAUCCUCUUAA